GCAAGCUUUGCAUCGAGGUCGGCUCCACCUCCAAAAUCGCCUUCAUUUCCGAAGAGCUUUGCAUCGGUUGCGGUAUCUGCGUCAAGAAAUGUCCGUUCGACGCCAUUGAAAUCAUCAAUCUGCCCAAGGACCUCGAUAAGGACACCACGCACCGCUACGGCCCCAACACCUUCAAGCUCCACAGGCUGCCAGUGCCGCGACCAGGCCAGGUGCUGGGCCUGGUGGGCACGAAUGGCAUUGGCAAGUCAACGGCGCUCAAGGUGCUGGCAGGGAAGCUCAAACCCAACCUCGGGCGAUUCAGUAACCCCCCUGACUGGCAGGAGAUUCUGACCUACUUCCGAGGGUCUGAGCUCCAGAACUACUUCACUCGCAUUCUGGAGGAUAACCUGAAGGCCAUCAUCAAGCCACAGUACGUGGACCACAUUCCCAAGGCGGUGAAGGGACUGGUGGGCGUGGUGCUGACAGAAAAGGACGAGCGUGAUGCCAAGGAUGAACUCUCGGAAGUGUUGGAGCUCAAGCAGGUGUGGGAGCGUGAGGUGGAGCAUCUCUCAGGAGGAGAGCUGCAGCGGUUUGCCAUCGGGGUGGUGGCGGGGCAGCUGGGAGACAUCUACAUGUUCGAUGAGCCCUCCAGCUACCUGGACGUGCGGCAGCGGCUCAAGGCAGCCCAGGUCAUCCGCUCGCUGCUGCGCCCUGAUAGAUACGUGAUUGUGGUGGAGCACGACCUGAGUGUGCUCGACUAUCUCUCCGACUUCAUCUGCUGCCUCUACGGCAAGCCGGGUGCCUACGGGGUGGUCACACUGCCCUUCUCAGUGCGAGAGGGCAUCAACAUCUUCCUCGCCGGCUUUGUGCCAACCGAGAACCUGCGCUUCCGAGACGAGUCGCUCACCUUCAGGGUGGCGGAAACCCCGGUGGAUAAUCCCGAGGAGGCCAAGACGUACACGCGCUACAAGUACCCGCGCAUGGUCAAGAAGCAGGGCGGGUUUAAGCUGACGGUGGAGCCGGGGGACUUCACGGACUCACAGAUCGUGGUGAUGCUGGGGGAGAACGGCACCGGCAAGACCACCUUCAUCCGCAUGCUGGCUGGUCUCUUAAAGUCGGACCCGGACGAGGAAACCGGCAAGGAAGCGGAAGAUCUCCCGGAGUUCAACGUGUCGUACAAGCCGCAGAAGAUCAGCCCCAAGUUCCCGCACAGCGUGCGCGCGCUGCUGCACUCCAAGAUCCGCGACUCGUUCCACCACCCGCAGUUCAACACGGACGUGCUGCGCCCCAUGCAGAUCGACCCGCUGUUAGACCAGGAGGUGGUGAACUUGUCGGGUGGGGAGCUGCAGCGCGUUGCCAUCACGCUGUGUCUCGGAAAGCCUGCCGACAUCUACCUGAUCGACGAACCCUCGGCCUACCUGGACUCAGAGCAGCGCAUCGUGGCAGCCAAGGUGAUCAAGCGGUUCAUCCUGCACGCCAAGAAGACAGCGUUUGUGGUGGAGCACGACUUCAUCAUGGCCACGUACCUGGCGGACCGCGUCAUCGUGUACGAGGGGCAGCCGUCGGUGGAUUGCACGGCACGCACGCCCCAGUCCCUCAACAGCGGGAUGAACCUCUUCCUCUCGCAACUGGACAUCACAUUCAGGCGCGACCCCACCAACUUCCGGCCGCGAAUCAACAAGAUGGAAUCUGUGAAGGACCGCGAGCAGAAGAAUGCCGGCACCUACUACUACCUCGAUGACUGA